GACCUAGAGCCAGUGUGGUAUUUCUGUCAUACAGAGAGGACCGCUGCUAAUGAAAGGGUGAAAUAAACCUUCUGCAACUGAGCUUCGCAAACCGUUGUUGUUGAUUACAUUGUGGAGGUUAAAGAUUAACGGCUCGUCAAUUCUAAAAAGUGAUCAAAUCUUCCAUCUUUUAGUCUGAGCAACUGUUAUUAGCUGGUUUCAACCAUGGAGGAAAAUGACAGCAAAGUGAAAUGUGGCCUGUGCUUCGUUGUUUUGGACUUAAUUGUCCUUAUAUUUGCAUUGGAGGUCGGCUUGUGUGCCCUGUUGAUUUCUACCAGAAUUGGUCCAAUAUUCAUUGUUAUUGUUGCUUUGAUUGUGAUUGGACUAGCAAUAGUGAUUGGAGUCUGCCUAUACUGUUGUAAACCAAACUACAAAGGCAACGACAGUCUCUCAAAGGAGGUCAAUAUGUGCAACCGUUUAUGGUGUAGCUUUGUUCUUGGUCUGAUGUCUUUUGUAGAUAUCAGUGGCAUCCACAACUAUGUUAUUACUGUAACAACAUGGAUGCUGGUUGCAAGCAUUAUCAUCAAAGCUGUCUCUUCAUUUAUCCAGCGAUGUCAUGGAUUGAUCAAAUACUCCUCCAGUCCAGUGAGUGAGGUUGAGAUGUUUGAGCUCUUUGUGUUCUCAAUGACUGGAUUGAUUGCUUUGCCAGAGGACCAGGCAUUUCUUUCUAAAUAUGCUUUAUGCUUGAUUUUUGUUUCCUUUGCUGUCAUUAUAGUGGCAGUCAGACUUGCAGGUUGCAUUUACAACCCCUUCAAAAUACUCAUUUUGAUUGCAGUCCUUGUUUGUCAAAUAGUAUUUUUCAAUACUAUUGAUGUGCCUUUCUACAAUGCUGCAUUGGGUUGCUUUGUAGGCCGCCUGUUUAUGGACCCACUUUUUGAUUUGUUUUCUAGCAACAUAACUGCAAUUGAAAGAUUGAAUUGUGUAUUCAGUGUCCGUGAAUGUUUACAACAGAUGUUUGUGAUAAUAGUCAUUGUGUUUGAGGGUGUCUUCCUUUUUCAUGCUGUAGUUUCUGACAUCUACCACAAAGAAUGGUACUGGAUAAUUCUCUUUGUUGUCCUACUUAUAUUUUGGAUUUGCAACCAUUCAUAUUCCAUUCAUUUGUUCUGGCAAUUUUCCAACAAUAUCUCAGAGUGCACUAAGGCCCAUCAAGCCUUGCAGAACAAUACUAGUAUGGAGAUGAUAAUGGCAACGAAAGGGAUGCGCUCACAAACUCAGUUUAUACACCAUCUCGCCCUCUAUACAUUUGUUUCCACUUUAUUUCUUGGUGCAGCCACACUGUUGAUUCCAUGUGUGGUGCACCAAUGGCAUAAAGAGGACAAGGCGGCACUUGCAGCAAGCUUUUUGAUAGUGGUUCUUGUAGAGGAAAUGUUCUAUGCAGCCACAGAUUUACUCCAGCAGUCCCUACCAGGGGCUUGUACAGCUUGUGUCAUCAUGCCUCCUUCAAAGUCACAAAGACAGUCAGAGUUAAAAGAUUUGCAGAGAUUCAUCAUGGAGUUCUUUGGUAAAAAUAAUAUACCUUGUAGCAUUGAAUCCUUCGUGGAUGGGCUUUCAAUCCAAACCCUGGAAUGCAAGAUUCAGUACUUCUUUGCUCAGACAACUGAUACCAGUCAUCGGAGGUAUGACAGCUACGUGGUUUUCUACUGUGGUGAUGUAGAUAGUGAUGGCAACUGGGAAUUAACAGGAGGAAAGUUCAAGUUUGAAAACAUGCAAAGACUAUGGAAUAACUGUGAUACUGAGGGAUUCCAAUCUAGGCUUAUCUUGAUCCAAGAUGCAAAACACUCAGAAGACUGGCUGGAAAAAAUCGCACACAACAAAAACAACAGAAUUGCAAUGCAAACUUGCAAACUGAGUCCAUCAGUAGACCCUGAAACUGGGGUUGUGGCAAGAGUUGGGGAUUUUACCCGUGAUUGGGUAGAGUUUAACAGCUCAACUGAAAACAGUAUCAAUUGGAAGGAGAGUGGGAGGGAAAUCAAAGCAGUUUAUAAAGUUUCUCCUCCAUGGAGUGACCAUGAUUUCCACGUGCCUAAUGAAGAAGAUAUCAGAGAGUUCGCCACCAAGUUUCCAAAAAUAAUGACUUUUCUGAUAUCAAGUAAUUUGUAUGCAACCCAAUUUGAAAGAAAACAUUGCUUUCCCUGUUGGGAACGUUUAAUGAUGAGUUGGUAUCCCCCGCCUUCUGUUGAUACUGGACAUGGCUUUAAGCUAGUUAAGUCUUGAUUUGACAAGGCAAGGAUAAAAAGGAUUUUUAUACGUUUGGUAAUCACUCCAAAAAUUAAUGGCAACAAUAUGGUAAAAUAUCAUAAAAAUUUGAAUCUGACAGAUGUUUGUGUCAGAUACAAUUUUCAGAAUAUGUAUUUCAAAUGCGCAUUAUUCUUCCUGCAUGAUUUAACUGUGUAGAAUUUAAAUAAUUAAAUGGUUCCAAAAACCAAAGGUCUCGAUUGAACAUGGCUUUAGCUUUAGUUAAGUGUUGAUUAAAAAGACUUUGAGCUAGUACACAUGCCCAAAGCUUGAGAGCUUGAUUGAACAUGGCUUUAAACUAGUUAAGUCUUGAUUGAAAUGAUUUCAAGCUAGCUAAGUUUUUUAAAGGAUUAUUCAUAAAUACCCCAGACAGUUUCUUUACUCCUAUUUGUGGAGAGCGUGUCACGUGGGUGUGCAUAAAC